AUGGCUGAUGGCGAGGAGAAUGGCUUCGGAGCUGAUAUGCGGCAUGGGUUGGCUGAGGUGUGGAGCCCGUCAACGCUGGAGGGGAAGGGAGAGAAAGGCGAUGGGUGGAAACAGAGGACGAGAUGGAGAAAAAAAAACAGCAAUCUUGGGGGGAAUGAGGUUGUUCCAGGCCCAGGUGGACCAGCUCUGAUUGGGCCUGGCAGAGCGCAGAGAAUUCCAAGCGGACUUCGUGGAGAAAUUGCCAGAGGAGGUAAGAUUCUAGGUGAGCUUGUCCCUUCUGUUAGAUAUAAAGAUGCCGCUGUGAAGGAUGUUGCUGAUGGUUCACUGAGGAAGAAGAUUUUCUACUUGUGCCAGGGGGAGAACAAGGAAGAUUCCGAAAUAGGUCUCAAAUCCCAGCACAAAUGGAACCCAAAACAAGGAGGAUUUCGAGCUACCAUGUUCGUCUUCGUCAUGGCAGGGGUAGAGAACAUGGGUUUCAUUGCAAACAUGGCGAGCAUGGUGUUAUAUUUCAUAAGUGUAUUGCAUUUUGAUGGGUCCGGCGCUGCAAACACGCUUACAAACUUCAUGGGUGCAACUUUCUUGCUUUCAAUCAUUGGAGGUUUCAUCUCAGACACUUACAUGACAAGGCUCAAUACAAUCCUUAUUUUUGGAAUACUAGAAAUACUGGGCUUGAUGAUGGUUGCAAUUCAAGCACAUGACAAGCGAUUGCAACCAUCUGCUCGUUGUGGAAAAUCGAGUUGUAUCAAAGGCCAAAAGGCUGCUAUGUUCUACAGCUCCUUGUGCUUGCUAGCAUUGGGUGCCGGAGGAGUGAGAGGAGCACUUCCAGCACUUGGUGCCGAUCAGUUCGAUCAAAAGGAUCCAAAGCAAAGGAAGCAAAUGGCAAGAUUCUUUAACUUUCUUCUGCUCAGCAUAACCAUUGGGGCAUCAAUCGGCGUCACGCUCAUCGUGUCGGUCAGCAUGAAAAGAGGCUGGGAUAUUGGUUUCUUCAUUUCCAUGGCAGCUGCUUUCGUGGGCUUCCUCGUAAUCGCCAUUGGAAAGCCUUUCUACCGCAAUAGAGUGGCUGGGGACAGUCCCCUUAUUAGGGUUCUACAGGUUGUAGUGGUGGCAUUUCGGAACCGAAAUCUGACGCUGCCAGAGGACUAUGAUGAAUUGUAUGAAAUUCAUGACAAGGAAUUAGCAUCUCUUGAUGAACAAAAGAUUUUACACACGCCUCAGUUCAGGUUCUUGGACAGAGCUGCCAUUCUCGAAAAAGGCUCCACGCCACAGCCAUGGAGAGUAUGUACAGUGACCCAAGUUGAAGAGGUGAAGAUCCUAACAAGGAUGAUGCCCAUCAUAGCCAGCACCAUCAUCAUGAACACAUGCCUGGCCCAACUACAAACGUUCUCUGUCCAACAAGGCAACAUCAUGGACUGCUAUCUGGGCUCCAUCAAAGUCGAGGCGCCAACAAUCCCCAUCAUCCCGCUUGUCUUCAUGUCCAUCCUCAUACCCAUCUAUGAAUUUGUCUUUGUCCCUUUUGCUCGCAAGAUCACUGGCCAUCCAUCUGGCAUAACGCAGCUCCAGAGAGUCGGGGUUGGCCUAGUUCUAUCUGCCAUCUCCAUGGGCGUGGCUGGGAUCGUAGAAGUAAAGAGGAAGAAUGCUUUUAACCAUCAUCAAGUGAAAAUUAGUCUCUUUUGGCUCUCGUUCCAGUACUCCAUAUUCGGGAUUGCUGACAUGUUCACACUCGUUGGGUUGAUGGAGUUUUUCUAUAGUGAAGCUCCAGCAUGCAUGCGGUCUCUUUCUACUUCUUUCUCAUGGCUUUCGUUGUCCUUUGGAUACUUUCUCAGUAGCAUCUUCGUGGAGAUCAUAAACUCAGUGACGAAGAGAGUGACAAGGAGUAAGAAAGGAUGGUUGUACGGAGAUAAUCUGAACAAUAACAAUCUGAACCUGUUUUAUUGGUUCUUGGCAGUCCUUAGUUGCAUCAACUUCGUAAAUUAUCUCUUCUGGGCGAAAUGGUACAAAUACAAGAAGGAAGACGCUGGAGAGAUAGAAGCGAUUGAUGCAGGAUCGGUGGUUUUCACGCCUUCUGGCGUGGAUGAAACGAAACAAGGAGACGAUGAAACGACACGAGGAGACGUUGAAACAACACAAGGAGAGGAUACUGAGGGAAAAACAAACUCUACCCUUUGA